UUGGUUUUGUAGCCGUACAGUUGGGCCUUUUCAAAGUAAAAGAGAAGCCCGACUGAAUUAUUCCCAUAAAACAAAUUUUUAUUUCUCUACCAUUCCCUCAUUUCAUUCGAUCCUACAGUUUCUGCUCUCUGUGAUUUUCCUAGCUCCGCAAUUCAGAGAGAAUAGUGGGAAGAGAUGCCAAUCAGCGCAACUAUGUUCGGGGCCCUGCUGGGGGUGGGGACCCAAAUGUACUCUAAUGCUCUCCGCAAGCUCCCUUACAUGCGCCAUCCAUGGGAGCAUGUGCUGGGCAUGGGUUUGGGGGCGCUAUUUGUUAACCAAUUGAUCAAGUUUGAUGCAAAGGCUCAGGAGGAUCUUGACAAAUUGCUCAUCAAAGCCAAACAAGCCAAUGAACGCCGCUACUUUGAUGAUGAUGAAGAAUAAAAGAUGUGUGAAGGGUCAAAGCUCUUUUGUAUCAGAAUUACAUGUCUGCAAUCAAUUGUUAGCCUAGUUUUGUAACAGGCUUGUGUUGCUCGGUGAUCUUCUUGCUCCGACUGUUUGUUUGAGAAUAAAAAUCUGUGGUGCAAAUAUUUGCAACAAAUAUGUUAAAUUAAUUUCUACA